AUGCAACGAUUACCGUCUUUACUAUCACAGUGGUCUAAAGCCUUGAAUACAACAUUGUGCCCAUCUAUCGUUUCCUCACGCCGGUAUCACGACUUUGUUCGUUUCUCUACGCCAGGUGGCGCAGGCCGUGUACCACUCCAUUCGCCCACAAUCAUAGGCGUGGCAUCGUCAAGAGGUACUCGCGGCCACCAGGAAGAUUACUAUGCUUUUGCAUCAUUGCUCUUGGAUCCUGACGGGCUAAAGGCAGGCUUGAAGAAAACACUUGGCAUCGAUUGGAACCCAAAGAACAUUAGUGAUCCAUUAACACGUCAGGUAGUCUUUGUCGGCCUUUAUGAUGGACAUGGCGGGUCUACCGUUUCUCAGUUCUUACGCCAGGAGUUGCAUGGGUUAUUCGAAUCCGUCGACAAGGCUCACGUCCCAGAGUUGUAUCUGUGGAUCAAGGACCAAGGGGGUUAUUUCAAGAGGUUCAGUGGGGGUGCCCUUGCUCCUUGGAUACAUCAGUCUAGUGACAUGCCUCCGCUAGAUCUCGAGGCACGAGCUACCCAGGCAUUCUUCGAAGUUGACCGCCUUCUUUCUAUUGAGAGUGAAGCCAGAACAUGUGGAGCGACAGCCUCCGUCGCAAUCCUCCACUCCCUUGAUACCCGCCCGUUCUUCUCAUCUUCAAAUCUUGUUUUGACAGUUGCUCAUGCUGGCGAUGCCCGAGUACUCCUUUGUGGCACCAACGACUGUCUUGUCUGCCCGAUGACCGAGAAUCAUCACCCCGAUACCCUUAUAGAGUCCACACGUCUCCGACGGAUGAUGGGUUCAUCACUUAUCACUGAUUCGUUUGGCGAGUCUCGUUGGAUGGGUGCUCUUGCAAAUACGAGAGCCCUUGGAGAUCUCAAGUGGAAGCCAUACGGCGUGACUGCAGAACCAGACGUUCGAACUAUACUGUUGGAAGGCACAAAAUGGGCGUACAUGAUUAUCGUUUCCGAUGGCGUGUCAUCCAUACUAUCCGAUCAAGAAAUAGUCGACGUUGCCCGAGGCGCACCAAACCCAAAGAAAGCUGCCGAACGAAUCUUAUCAUACUCCGAAGAGUUGGGUGGAGAAGACAAUGCAACGGUUAUAGUCGUACCUUUAUCUGGUUGGAGAGAGAUUCAAGGGCCUGACAGAACACGCGCUCUUCGCGAGUAUCGAAGUCAGCAAGCGGUCGGAAGUGAGCGACAAAGGAGAAUGUAA